AUGUCUCACGAGCACUCCCACGACGGGCCCCACGGCCACUCCCACUCCCACGAGGGUGGCUUCAACGCCCAGGAGCACGGUCACUCUCAUGAGGUCCUCGACGGUCCCGGCAGCUACCUCGGCCGAGAGAUGCCCAUUGUCGAAGGUAGGAACUGGAGUGACCGCGCAUUUACCAUUGGUAUCGGAGGCCCUGUCGGUUCCGGCAAGACGGCUCUGAUGCUCGCCCUCUGCCUCGCCCUGCGCGAGAAGUACUCCAUCGCCGCCGUGACCAACGACAUCUUCACCCGUGAGGACGCUGAGUUCCUCACGCGCCACAAGGCGCUUCCGGCGCCGCGCAUCCGCGCCAUCGAGACGGGCGGCUGCCCGCACGCCGCCGUACGCGAGGAUAUCUCGGCCAACCUCGCCGCCCUCGAGGACCUGCACCGCGAGUUCGACGCCGACCUGCUCCUCAUCGAGUCCGGCGGCGACAACCUGGCCGCCAACUACUCGCGCGAGCUCGCCGACUACAUUAUCUACGUCAUUGACGUCUCGGGUGGCGACAAGAUCCCGCGCAAGGGCGGCCCCGGCAUCACGCAGAGUGACCUGCUGGUCGUCAACAAGACGGACCUUGCCGAGAUCGUCGGCGCCGACCUAGGCGUUAUGGAGAGGGACGCCCGCAAGAUGCGCGAGGGCGGGCCGACCGUAUUCGCCCAGGUCAAGAAGAACGUCGCCGUGGACCACAUCGUCAACCUGAUCCUGAGCGCCUGGAAGGCAAGCGGCGCCGAGGAGAACCGCAGGGCGGCGGGCGGCCCGCGGCCGACGGAGGGCCUGGACAGCCUCAAGGCUUGA